GCGGCUCACGCUCAUCGGCGACCCGCAGCAGCUGCCCGGCUACAUCUGCUCGCAGGUGACACCCUCUCACAGCUCCAGCUGCAGUAGACGGUAGCCAGAGGCGCUGAUCCCGCUCACGCUCGACGUGACGCGGCUCACGCUCAUCGGCGACCCGCAGCAGCUGCCCGGCUACAUCUGCUCGCAGCGAGCGAAACGGCACGGCCUAGGCGAGAGCCUGUUCUCCCGGCUAGCGAGCUGCGCGGAAGCGUGGCAGCGCACACCGGUGGUGCUGCUGGACACGCAGUACCGCAUGCAGCGCGCCAUCGCCGAGUACCCGGUGCGCACGUUCUACGCGGGCCGCGUGCAGUGCGCCGCCGCGCCGCGCCCGCCGCUGCCCGUGCCGGCCUACAGCAUGCUCGCCGUGGCCAGCGGGGACAAGGGGCAAGGUGCGUCAGGCAGCAACGACAUGGAGGCGUGGGGCGUCACACGACUGGCCAUCGCACUGCGUGAGGUCGCGCGGCGGCUAAACCUCAACAUGGCCAUCAUCACUCCUUACAAUGCACACAAGGAGCUUAUCAAGAGGAAUCUCAAGGCACUGCAGCAGGAUCAAACGGAACUUGUGGAAGUCAACACAGUGGACAGCUUCCAAGGGCAAGAGCGAGACAUCAUAAUAGUGUCGCUAGCUCGCUCGCACGGCGUGGGGUUCCUAACGGACGCGGGUCGCCUCAACGUGAUGCUGACGCGCGCCAAGCACGCGCUCGUCAUCGCGCUCAACCCGCACGCGUUCAUGAGGAACGAUCAGUGGCGAACUUUGGUCGAAGACGCACAAAGGAGACGACUUCUACGGCAGCUGCCGAACAAAAUGUGCCAACCGCUCGCCCCGGGGCAACCCGUCGAGGAAAUCCUACAGUACAUAAACUAAAUGCCGUUUUAUAUUUACUCUUAUAUCGUAAAAGAGGAUAGACGACUUUUUCUUGCUCAUUUUGAUAGAAACCGCCUUUAUAUAUCUGAAAUACUCUCUUCAAAACUGACAGACAAAUGAAAAACAAAUGUCUUGCAGCUUGUUUCAAUUAAGCAUGUAUUAACAAUAAUAUGUUUAUGCAACGAUGGGUGCUUUACUAUUUUCUCUCUAAAAUGUAGGCAAUUAGUACCUACAAUUGUUAUUUUGUGAACGGAAUGAAAAUAUGUUGUUUCUUUUUUUUUCUCGUGAUCCAACUGUUAGUCUUGUUUGUUUCUAACGAGUUUGGACAGGUCGGCUUUGUUAUGAUAAUUUUCACUUAUUUCAAAACAUUUUAUACCUACAAAGAUUGGAACCUGGAACAACCAUUUUUUUUUGUUAGAGAGAUCUUGUAUGAUCCUGAUAUAAUUAAAUGUGCUAACGAGGUUGUUGUUCUUUGUUGAUCUGACUUUAUAUUGUCUUCUCGUCUCAUUGAUAGAUAUUUGUAUAGCCAAUCAUUUCAUUGUGUUUAUGUAUCCAUAAACAUAGGUCGUUUUACAACAGGCAGCCAUGUAAUAUUGUAUUUAUUUUGUAUGAAAAAUAAUGAAAAUAUCUGCAUGUAUUUUGAAAAACGGAACUGUCGUCGUUGGAUUGGUUGCUAUUAGAAUUCAGUUACCUGACUUCAACCUCUGACAAAUCCACUCUACCUUAUUAGAAAUAAGCUACGCUGUUUUGAAUACCACAAUCUAGCAGCUGGAUUUAUUAGAAUUUGAAGUUUUGUCAGUUGUAUUUUACGACAGCAGGUUUCUGGGGCAGAAC